AUGGACACUUCGUCGUCCACUAGUCGUAUCUCUUAUUCUUCAAACUCCACGCCAUUGAAAAAACGUCGAGCAACAAGUACAGAAAGAGAAAACCAAGGAAGUUUAUUACCACUUGAAGACGGGAUAUCGAUUAAAAAAGAGUCGGAGAAGAAGAGAGACAGUUUUCCAUUGCUGCUGUGUGCAACUGGGGCUGAGAAUCCCAUUCUGGCUGCACUGGGAGGGACACCACGCUCGCAGCUCGUUGCUAAGACCGGUUCUUUGGACUCAAAGCCGCUGAAUUUGUCCCAGUGCAUUGCUGAAACGUCUAUGAAUCGUGUCAAGGAAGAGAAAAAGAUGGCGAGUCAUGCUGCUGUUGCUGAUAUUGCUGUGGUGGAGGAAGAGUGCAAAGUUCAUAGCUUGAACUAUCAGCAUAAAGAAGAUUUACGACCUGUUAUCACACAAGAACAGAAACAAUCGUAUGCUGUGUCUUUUGUCAAGACGGAGAGUAGUUUUGUUGCUGCUUCUUUUGUUGGUAAGAGAAAACGAGCAGACGAAAGUAUAGAGGCUGAGACGACGGAUUUCGUGGCUUACGCGAGAGAACAUAUUCAUAGUCAAGAAGUAGGAGAAGAGGGAUUUUCGAUCGAUCCCUCCGAACGCGCGGUGGAGCAUCGUGCUAGCAAAGCGGUGCGUCGUGAAAUUUUGAUCGCAUCACCAGCGGCGAAUGACGAGGACGAUUGGGAAGGCAACAGACCGCUUGAAGUCAGAAUGAACGAGGUCGAACCGGUGCUAACACCAUCGGAGCACUUUGACCUGCAGCCUAUUGACAUCAUUUUACACGUGUUCUCCUUCCUGGUCACUGCAAAAGACUUGCAAAGUAUGGCACAGGUGUCGAAGAAGUGGAAAGAGCUGACAAGCCGACGAUCGUUGUAUCGGUCACUUCCGAGUGUAACACCUGAAGGAUCGGUGAACUGGAUUAAUUUUAAGAAUCUGGGGAUUAAGAACAAGGGGACCGAGGGAACCUGUAUUAAAUGCUGUCAGCGCUCCACAGGCAAGAUCUUGGCGAUAAAAAAGGCGAGAGUGUUUCCCAAGGGAGAAGGGGUACCGUAUUACAUGCUCAGAGAGUUAGCUGUUCUGAAGGGUAUCAAGCACGAUCACAUUGCGUCCCUUGAACUCAUCAGCCUUGCUAAAGACGAGCUUCAUGUGUUUUUCCCUUACGUGGACAAAACUUUACAUGAAGUUAUUAACCCAACGGGAGACCCUACCGGUGGCCGUGUGUUGCCAGAAAGUGUGAUUCGCAAGCUUCUCCACCAACUUCUAGAUGCGAUCGCAUACUGCCACCGCCGUGGAGUCCUACAUCGUAAUCUCAAACCAAAGCAUUUGUUAAUCAAGACAUCUGAUACCGCAAAUCUUAGUGACGCAAUACUGCAGAUCUCUGACUUUGCGCUGGUCCGGGCGACCGGAAUUCCACGCCGAACUUACACGAUGGAAGUAGUUACAUUGUGGUACCGCCCCCCAGAAAUCUUGAUGGGAGUGCGCGGCUACUCUUCGGCUGUUGACAUUUGGUCUAUUGGCUGCAUCUUCGCUGAGAUGGCCCAGGGCAAACCGCUUUUUACAGGCAUAUCUGAGAUUGACCAGCUAUUCCAAAUAUUUAGCAAGUUGUCGACACCAACGUCGGAGACGUGGCCAGGGUUCUCGUCCUUGCCAAAUUACCACUUCGAGUUUCCGCAUUGGAAGCGCCGACCCUUAAAUCGUCUGUUCCCAAGAAUCUCGAAUCUUGGCAUCGACUUGCUGACGAAGCUCCUCGUAUACAAUCCCGACCAGCGAAUUUCAGCCGAAGACGCGCUUCGCCACCCGUAUUUCUCAAACGAGGCUCCUGGCUUCUCAUCGCUCACACCAAAAAUUCCAAUGGACCAGAUGUGCUACACAAUGAGUCGAGCACGAGUUGGCCCUACGCCAGAGCAUGUGGCGUUGUUCCACGCGUACUUGCGUCAAACAGAACUGGAGUCGUGGAAGGAAAUUAAAUACUUGAGCCGGCAGAAAACCCUUCGACCAGCGCAUCGGUCGAUGCUUGUCGAUUGGUUGAUUGAAGUCGUGGACGUGUUUGAGAUGUGCCUGAGAACUGCGUUUUUGGCGGUUAAUUACACCGACCGGUAUUUGGACAUCGUUAUGGUGAAAAAGACGCAGUUCCAACUGCUUGGAGCAACUUGUUUGCACGUUGCAUCCAAGUGCGAGGAUGUAUCGUAUAUUGGUGUGGAAGAUCUCGCUAUGUGUGCUGACAACGUGUACACGUCCGUGGAGGUGUUGGAAAUGGAAGAAAAACUGCUGAACACUCUUAACUUUACACUCUCGGUACCCACUGCCUUGGAUUUCCUGAAUAUUUACGAGCGCAUGAUUCCGCCUGUUCAGAAAAAGACAACUAUGCUGGCACACUACUUGCUCGAGCUGGCGCUGCAAGAGUAUCAGUUCUUGAAGUAUUUGCCGUCGGUAGUCGCUGCAUGCUGCCUCUCGAUGGCAAUGUACACAAUGGAUGGGUUUCCAAUGACCAAGGAGCUGGUAGAUGCUUGUCAGUACAGCUGGUCAGACUUGAAAGAGUGUAUGAGGGAGCUUCAGACGCUGUACUCUAAUUCACCGUCAAACAAUUUGGCGGUGAUUAAGAAGCGCUACUCGAAGGCUGAGCGGUGCCAGGUGGCGAAUGCACUUCCGCCAACUUCGUUUAGCAUGGCAUUUUAG